AUGGCGAUGAAAUCAAUACCAGCCAUGAGCUUUCUUCGAGCUGUUCGUCCCUUAGGCCGCAGAUCAAACACCCUAUUUCAUCCCGCUUCCGCCCGUCCCCUCCUCCGCCGCUCACUCAUCUCCGCACCAGGGCCGCAUUCAGGACCCCUCCUAAGCCGGCGAGCAGACCGCGAGCUUCCUUCAAUAAAGUCGGGCCGAAGGUGGCUCCGUACCUUGCCAAUUUUCUUCGUCGUCGUUGGCGCUUCCAUGCUAGGCAUGUUCAAUUACCAGAAAUCCUCGUCAAGCGUGGUGAAUAGCACCCUGUAUGCGUUGCGGGUAUCGCCCAAGGGAAGGGAACUUCUAGGUGACGAGAUAUACUUUGCGCAGAAAAUUCCGUGGAUUAGCGGGGAGAUGAAUCAGUUGCAUGGGCGGAUUGAUAUUUCGUUUUGGGUCAAGGGAACGAAGAGCAAGGCGAAGAUGAGGUUCCGGAGUAUUAGGGAUGGAAGAAAUGGAUAUUUCCGAACCGAAAACUGGACUCUUACACUGGAGGAUGGCACGGUAGUGCAGCUAUUGGAUGCAUCGCAAGGAGACCCUUUCCAAAAUGUGAUGUCUGGCGACACUACGACUGACUUGAAGACGUCGAUAUGA